GUCGAGAGUUGUUCAGGCCAAUUCCAAAGAAAACAGUUGACCAAUUAACAAAGAUGAAGUAGUGAUGUAAAAAGUGUAAAGAUUUUUAUAGAUAAAGUUGACUGUAUAAUAUUCAAGAUGGGAUUUCGACGUAGAUGUUUCAGUUGUCGUUGUAAGACAAGUUUUGUUUUGAUUGUUGUGGCGCUGUGUACAGCAGGAUUUAUUAUAUCUUAUCAGUUGUUGCGGGAAUUGUCCUCAUUACGAUCAAAUACAGUUAAGUCAGUUUAUCCAGAGUUAAAUGGAAGACUGCCAUAUAGAUAUCCAGAUAAUAAAAAUAGAGGUAAUAUUUUUAAUGAAAACAUUGGACCAGCUGUUAUUGGUAGAGAUUUGAGCUCAAAAAUUGUCGAUCUACGCGGAAACUAUGAUGCUCGUAGUGUGGAUGAUGUCAAAGCUUUCUUGGAACAGUUAGAGCCAGAAGAUUGGUCAGUUGCUUCCCAACCUGAUGAACUUGCCAUUGAGUUAAAACAUUUAUUACUCGAUCUAGACUUGGAAAGUCCAAUGUCUUGUAAAGAAAUUGAUAGUUUAAGACUUGGAGUGCCAUUAGCUCAAUCGAACCGGAAAUAUGUGGACAGAGGUCAAUCGGAAGAUAGUCAAAGGUCAGAAUAUACCAUCAUCAGUCAGUCGGUCGACCUAGAAACAAAGAUUGCCUGCAUGAAGAAGAUUUACGAUGCUGAACAUUGUUCUCCGAUGGGAAAUUAUAAACUCUUGAAACAGCUUCUAUUACUGUCUGUUUUGAAACACCCUAAUAUUGUAGAACUAAAGGGUUAUUGUGUACGCGGAGAUGGAAUAUCAUCCGAAAUCAGAAAGAAAGGAAUUAUUUUAGUCACGGCAGUUGGUGUACCUUUCCACCAAGGUGGAUUUUCUAUAAUACCUUGGAGGAAAAAAAUAUCUCUGGCCAUAGAAUUGAUUGAUUUCUUAGAUUAUAUGGAGACUAACCCAUUAGGAAGUUUGGGACUUGGUAAAAUAUCUACGCACGAUUUUGUUUUAUUCAAUAGAGAAGAAUUUAUACGAUUUGUUGAUAUGGAUGAUAUUCAGAUGAAGGAAAGACCUUGUAGCAGCUCUUCCGAUUGUUAUUAUGGUGGUUUAAGUUAUGGUAUAGAAUGCAUCAGUAGUGAAUGUCGUGGUUUAAAUGCUUUAACAAAUCUACAGAAAGUCACAGUAUCAGUUAUAGAUCCUUUAUUACGAAAUGGUCCUAGUUCAUCUAAAUCUACAGUCGACGAUAUUCUAGAUAGAGCACGAUCCCUUAAAUUACCUAAACCCAAACUAAAGGAGGAGUUACAGCAAUUGUUGUCAAAUCUAGGAACAGAAGAUGAAGCAGCUGAAAAUAACAAUAACAACUGGCAUAAUAGCAAUGACAACUGGCUGAAUAACAAUGCCAAUAACAACCAAGGAUAUCAAGGGAACCAGGCAAAUCAGAACCAACAAGAUAAUAAAAUUAAAGUAAGGACUGAUGGCUUUUUCAGUAUAGAGCGUAUUCGUAGUCAUGGUUAUGGUGGUGAACGUGAUGAAGAACCUCAGGCUUACGUGAGGAAUACACAUACAGUGUCUGAAUAUAUGCGUUAUGAUCAAUCCAACUUUCCUGGUCUGUAUGACUAUAACUGUCCUAACUCGCGGGUAUCAUGGGGUUGUGUUAUUACUACUAGAAGUUUACAGGAAACAAAGUUGAAAUGUGAUCAAGAUAUCAACUGUAAAUCAUUUGUUGUUUUCUCUACUCAGCCAGAAGUUGAUACUCUUAUGACCGUAGUAUUCAAGAGUUCUGGAUCAACUAAACCACAGCCAAAUCCAGGAACAACAUUGUUUGUUAGCAGAACUGCAGCGCUAUCUGCAUUCAAGGCAGAUAACAACGAUCAGAAUGUUAUUAAAAUGUCAGUGAAAAAAAAUGAUGAUUCACCAAGAAAUAAUGGGGAAAUUAGGAAUGUUGGGGAGAUAAAUGGAAAUAUUGCCAGCAGUGAACGCAUCAUCACACCCAGACACAAUACAGAAUUAUGCCUGAAGAAAAUAUUCAAAGGUCAUGAGGAACCAAGAAAGAGUAGAGAAAAACGGCUUAUGGCACAUUUUGGAUUAAAAGGCAUGAGAGAAAUGGACUGGCAAAGAUCGGUAAAAAGACAGACAGCUGGAACAUUUUCUAAUCUAAUGGCUGCUAAAGGAACAGUGCCCAAAGGAGGAAAAUUCCUUGUUGGGCUCAAGACUGAUGAUAUCAAUGAGAUUGUAUCUAAAGCUAUGUUUACAGCUGAAGAUGGUCCAAGUCAAUAUCAUAUUGCUCAAGCUAUGAUAUAUCAUCUAGAUAGAUUAUUAGGUUUAUAUCACACUCCUCCAUCAGUUGUUGGAACCAUACCAUAUUCAGUUGUCAGAAAAUAUCAGAAAAAUAAUUCCUGGAAAGAAGCCUUUGCUGAGUUAACAGAGGAAGGUGCAGGCCUUAAAGGUUUCUAUUCAGCACCUGUUCCACAUGUAAUGAAACAGGAUAAAUUAUCUAUAAAGCCACUCAAGUCAAUGGUAUCUAAAGUUGUCAAGUUCUCCCGACAGUCUAAACUCCAGUUUGAAUAUGUGUUUUUAUGGUUUUUAGGAAAAAUAGUGAAAGAUCCCACUGAUCAUGUUGGUUAUAAAGGACAUUUAAUACAUUUUAAUGGUGAUGAAGCAUUUGGUAAUUUGAAUUUAGAUUUAACAGGUUAUUUCAAUCACUGCCAAUUUCCUAAUAUAGUAUAUAAAACAUUAAACUGUUUACGAUGUCAUAAUAACCAAGGCUCACAAUUAUCAUCAAUCUGUAGUCUUGGACAAGAGGUAAUGAAGAGAGUAAAAACUGAUAAGUUUUCUACCAGUAGUUUAGAGAUACAAGGUUUAAAUGAGAAUGAUAUAAUUGUUAAGAUUAAUGAUGCUGCUAGUAUAGCUAUUGGUAUGGUGGAGGUUUGUAUUAAACUAUUUGGCAGAGAAGCAGUCCUGUAUUAAACCUUCAGCAGACUGGGAUCAUGUUUUAGUUCAGAUGUAGAAUUCACCUAGUUGAAAUCUAAUUAUGUUUAUUUGUCUUUCAGAAUUCUCUGAAUGAAUAUGGAAAUUUAAAAUCAUGUUUUGGAUGAUUAUUUAGUAGAAGAAAAGAGGGAAAAGAGAUCUAUUACUCAGGGCUCUCAUUUCAGUCAUAUUUGCCAGCCUUGACUAACUCGUAGUUAGAUUGACUGGCUGGAAAACUUACCUGUCAGUCAAUUUUACAUGCAAUGGGGGUGGGGGAGGUGGCCGAAUGGUUAACACAUGCACAUUUGAUCACAAGGUCUGUCAUUGAGUCAAGCGGCGUGGUUUCAAAUCCCUGCUUGUACGUCACAUUUAGUAGGGUCGCCUGUCCAGCUUCUUGGGUUUUCUCCGGGUCCUUCCAUCGCUAAAGAACCCUGUGCGCUAUUGAACUAAAAUUGAACCAUAUGUUAGUCCCGAAAUGACCUAGUUUGUGUCGAGUGGAUGUUAAAACCCAUCUCUCUCUCUCUCUUAGAAUUUAGAAUUUAAAAGAAUUUGAUCUUAAAACACAAUAAAUAUAGUUAAAUUUAAAGUUUUUUGGAAAAACAUAUUUUUUGUCGAGUGACAGACUGGCAAAAUAUUGAAGUGAAAGCCCAGGUUUUAUUCCCCAAAAGUCUUCUAAUAUGAAUCAGGUACAUGUCCUUUGCUUCCAUUUGCCUUUUAUUAUUUAUUAGUAAAGGGUACCAGUAAUACAAAUUCUGAUAGCAUUUUACUCGAAUCUGGAUUAAAAGCAAAAAACAAAAUGUAAAAAAAUCUAUAUCGGCAUAAUAUUAUAGAUCUCAUAAAAUUCACAAUCAAAAUCAUGUUAAAAAAAACCCAGAUUCUUCCACAACAUGCAUAAUAUAUUUUAUUGGAUAUUUUAGUCAUUUGUAAGUGUGUUUUAAAUAGUGAUGUGGUUUAGCCCUGAGUGUUUCAAGGACAAUGUUGCUGUUCACGUCGGUCAGUGAAUCAUCUGUUAGGCUACUUUUGAUAGAUUAACCUAUGUAAAAAUGCUGGAUGGCAGCAUUGCCCUUUAAAUGCACAGAUAUUGUCUGUAGAGAAUAGAUGAAAUAUUAUAUAAAGAUAAAUGUGCAAGUUAUUAAUUAAUGUGAUUCAUCUAUUUUUGUAUUAAGGCGGAGGGCAUCAGCAUUGCUGUUGGCUUGUUAAUUAUUCAUGAUAUAAUUUAUCAUCAAAUAUGCUUCUUUGCCACUCUAAAGUGCCUCUGCCUUAUGUUAAAUAUACAUUUUUAUUAAUAAACUCACUACUGGAGUGAAUAUACAUUUUCAUUGUUAAACUCACAACUGGAGUGAAUACUAGUAUCUGAUAUCCACAAACUCGUUAAAAUCUAAUUCUAAUUGAUUGAAUUAAUUAGAAAGAAGAAUAUAUUUUUCUAAGAGAUGUUUCCAAUUUUGGAAGAUUUCUGAACACAAUUCUUAUUGCUCAAUGAGGUUUUAGAAUUGUUCUGUUGCGAGUAAAUUUUGGUAGUUAAUCACAGUUUGAUUGUAGAGUUUUAGUUGUGAAAACUUUUUUAUAUGUGAAAUAUUUUUGUAGAAGUAGUAUAAUACAACUAUCACAAUUACAUCUAAACACAACAUUGAGAUUUGCUGCUGCACAAUUUGUUUAAAUGAAUGCUGAAGUUAUCAUUAAUGCUGUGAAUUUCUAUUACUAAGCAAUGAUGUAGAAAUUGAGAAAAACUUUCAGGAAGGUGAACAAGAAUUGCUGCAAUUUUGUAGAUAUUCACAAAAAAAGUUUUAGGGACCAUUAUCUGGGUACAAUUAAUAGAAUGUACAUAGUUUGUACAUUAAGCUUACAAUAUUUAAUAUUAAUAUUUUAUAUAUAUAUUACAUGUAUAUAUUUGUCUAUUUACCAUGUUUUUAAUUUGUAUAUAUGUGUGAUGUGUGUUCAGUGUUUUAAUUAAUCAAAACUUACAAUAAUUGUUCUCAAAUGUUUUGCUUUAAUUUGAGCAUAUUGUAUAAAUAUAUUUUUUAAAUUAUAUGAAUUAGAUCUAUGUAUAGAUAUUGUUUUAAACUCAUAUUUUCAUAUUUUUAUUUAUAUGCACCUGUUGUCAGAGCUAUAUAUAGAGAGAAUCUGACCAAUUGUUGUUUCAGGGGGGGUGGAUGGCCGAAUGGUUAGCACGUGCGCGCUGUUUCAUUAGGUCUGGCGUGGUUUCGAUUCCCUGGUUGUAUGUGACAAGGAGUAGGGUCGUCUGUCCAACCUCAUGGGUUUUCUCUGGGACCUCCGGUUUCCUUCCACUGCUAAAGUGAAUUAUUGAAAUAAAAUUGAACCAUGUGUUAGUCCCGAAAUUACCUAGUUUGUGUCUAGUGGAUGUUAAACCCCAUUUCUCCCUCUCUCCAAUUGUUGUUUCAAGGGAUUGGGUAACAAAAUGCCAUUUUUGUCCAAUCUUCGUGAAGUGCUAUUACAGAAUUUUACACAGUUCCUGCCUCUAACCCUCUAUAUAUAUAUAUAUAUAUAUGCAGAACAAAAAGAGAAUAUUUUUUUAUCUCCUACACUCAUAGAAAUAUUGCCAUUUUGGCUCACUCCUCUGUACUUCUAUACAUGUAUUCACCUGAAUGAGCAAAAAUAUUGUCUCAAAACUUUUCAAUUUAUCAUAUACAGGGGUAAUUCCCCUCGCCCUAACACUGAACAUGACGUUCUAUCCACCUUGCCAGCCCCUGCUCACACACCUGCUAUCAUUCCAUCUAUUUGCACUGCCACCAAUUAUUUUAUAUUUGUUUUAAUGUUCUUCUAUUAAACUUACAGAUUGGUUACUAUGGCAACAGAUGGCCAGACUAUCUCUAUAUAUGUGUCUGUCUGUAGUUAGUUUGUUUCACAUUAAUUACAGUAGUGAUAUAAUAUUUAUUUCAUUUUCACUUUCUUAUCAUAUUUACACGGUAUAGUUCUACGACAACAGUCUUAUCACCGACUAAUGAUAGUUACACCAACUAGUUGUUUGGCUAAAUAUAAGAACAGCCUAUCACUGACUACAUGUAAUAUCACUUACACUGUCAAGUUGUUUGUCUAUAUAAACAUGUAUAACAACCUCUAUUACUCACUAAUGGUAGUUACACCAACUAAUAAGUUAUUUGACUAUAUAUAUUGGUGAAUGUACUUCUCUAGUUAUUGCUAUAUUACACUUUAAUGUUUUCUCCAUUUUGUAAUGUGAUAAAUAUUUUGUAAGUUUAUGAUUAACCCUUCGACCAACUUGGCAUUUACUCUGGGUUACUGUGACGUCUGGACUUACGGAAGUGCAAGGAAGGAAGUGCAAGGAAGGGAUCGCUCAUAUUGGUGUAUCUACAGUAUAUGACCUUGUAGUGAAGUCCUUGUACUGUCGGACACUACUGUGUCACAGACGGAAAUCUUGCAUCAAAGGGUUGUAUUAAUAAAAUGGACCCCUGAAGAAUAGAUUUCAAUAUACUAGAUCUUCAUGAAAACAAUUUUUUACACCAAAAAAUAUAAUACAAGUUAUUCUAUGAAAUUAAAUAUAAGUAUGUUUUGAAAAAUAAAUCUCUAGUAAUGACUAGAAAAUAAUUAUGUAUACUACAGUCAUAUUGUUGAAUUGCUUUCUGUGGAAUCAUUUGGGAUUAAUUUAUCAUUUAUUGCUGAAAGUUUAAAAAAUGUUGAAGGGACCAUGGAUUUAUUGUUCUAUUAAUUAUAAUAAUUUAUUUUGAUUAAAAUGUAUUAUUAUUAAUAAUUUCACUGUCAGUUUACAGUAUUAAAUUGUUAUAAUAUGAUACAAUAAUACAGUGGAUCGAGGUGCCCCUUCCCCCCCCCCCCCAAAAAAAAAUCCAGUAUAAAAUAUUCAUUUAUCCUGUUUUUCAAUGAGACAUAUAAUUUUCAGCGUUUAUUUGGUUGGGGUGGUGUGGCUGAUAAAAUUUAAUGUUAUAUUUGGGCCCAUAUACACACCUCAAACCACCCCAAUCUUUUCAAAAUUUCUCUAAAGGAAAUCCGUGUCCUGCACUUUGUUCAUUAUAUACAAUAAGGUACUUACAUAUAACAAACAGCUGUCUCUACUAUUGUUUAUUAACAUUAAUAAUACCUACUUCAUAAUAUACUCUCACUCUUAUUUCAUUUAUAAUACCAACUUUUCUAUUAUCAACAUUGGACUUAAAGGAGCUAAAUCGCUAACAUUUGGGACCUAGAAAUUGACAAAAGUGGGUCGCAACGCAUACAAUACUGUAAUAUGAAUGUAUAUAAACUGAUUUACAUUCAAUGGUUUCCGUUUUUACUCCAAUUUCAAAUCAGUUAUGUUCGGCGAAAUAAGCCAGCAGUCUCAAGCGAGUGCAAAUUUCUAGGGUCUGGUUAUUCUAGUCUACAUACGCCGUUUGAUUUGGUGCAAUGUGUCUAGCCUCGUCCCUCGAGUCUCUUGAUACAUCUGGGGCUGAAGCACAUUAUGGUACACGAUUCAUGUACCAAUGGUAAAAUGUUUAUUUUGUCUUAAAUAUUGGAUAUCAAAAGCCCAUCUUUUUCCGGUAAGAUCAUAACAUGAAUGUUGAUUUAAUUUGACAAAUAAUUCAUGUUUUCAAUGUUGAAGAUUUUGGAUGAUAUUGAGUUAGAGACUUAGCUACUUUAAAUAACACACUUAAUCUACAUCAGUUAACCUCAUUAUUUAUAAUAUAAUUAUUGUAUUAAUGAACUAACAUAUAUAAUUGUUUUGUUGUUAAUUAGGGACCUAUCUGCAUGCUGUGAUCAAAUAAUUGUAAAGUUUUGCUUAAGUGGUUGUUAUAAUAAAUAUCAUUAAAUUGUAAUUAACAAUAGUUUUGGACCAUUCUUUUAUUUUUAAAUUGUUAAUCUAAUUCCAAGUGUUUGCAACUGAAGAAUUGAAAUUUUGUAACUUCCUUUUGAUGCUUACAACCAAAGUAUUGAAGAACAAAAAUACCUAAAUCCAAACAUCAUUAAACAUUCUACCAAAAUAAAAUCAGUUCAUUGUUAAUAAAUCUUUAAUUCUUAUUACAAUUGUUACUUUCUGGUCUAUUGUAUAUGAUUGAAUUUAGCAUUAUAUUACAUGGAUAUUGCUUAUAUUUUUAAAACUGCUUUUGGAUUUACUAGUACCACUUUUAUAGUGAUUAUGUAAUUGAUGUUGCUUUGUAUGGAUACACUUGUAUACAUGUUCCUUGUUAAAUCAUUGGGUUGUAUUUGGUGCACAAAACCCAUACAUCAAUAUCAUUCUAAAUACAUAUUACAAUAUACAGCAGUUUUAAUAAGGAGCUAAAUGGUUAAAACCUCAUUGUCGGAAACGUCGCUAUUUUCAUAUACUAGUAGAAUGGUUGAAUUUAAGUAUUCAUAGCUUAAAACCUGGUUUUAGUUAUCUUUCUCAACCAUGUCACAGCUUACAUAUUUAUGAUUUAAUUACUUUAACUUACUGUAUCGUUUUCAUCAGAAAUACAUCAAUGUAUAUUAUUUCUAAAUUUUAAUAUAUAAAAAAUAAAAUGGUAACAAUCUUUUA